AUGACCAACACCGUGAAGAAGAACGUGACCUUUAGCACCGAGACGACGUACCUCUUUGGCGUCGACGUCAACGGGUCAGCCUUGCCCAAGGAGAGUGGCCCGCCCAUCGGACUUGCCCGAACGCACCACACGAUGACGAUCGAACGAAGCGUCGAGAGGCUCGAGAAACGCCGCCGCCGCGUGCGGAGAUUCGAUCACACGGAGCGCAUUCGCAUGCUCCAGACGCUUUACGACGCCAAGACGCUCGCCAUCUUUUGCUACGAAGCCAUCGACAGCCGCAAGGAACGGAUCGAGACGGCCGAAGAACUCGCGCAGGCCGAGAGGUGCUUGGCCGCCCGGCGACGAAAGCGGGCCGCCGAGAUGGCACCGCCUGCCGCAAAGCGCCAGCGCAUGGUCUUCGCCAUGGAAUACGAUGAAGAUGAGGACGAGAAUGAGGACGAGGAUGAUGAAGAGUAG